GUGACAGAACGAGAACAGGGGUAUGGACCUCACGUAAUAUUGUAAAGUGACGAAAAUAGAGAGCAUCCAUAGACCGAUUAUUUUGGCAUGCCGUAUUUUUACCAAAGGUGUCACAGUCUGUCAUCACACCAUUUCCUGCAGACCAUCGACAAUCGAAAGCGGAAAGAUCUAGGGAAAAAGAGGGAGUGAAUGUGAGACUGGCGGGCCGACCAACCGCCCACAUCUACACCACCGCUCCGCUCCACUAUCAGCGCUCCGGCCUUGCCUUGCCGUCGAACCUGCUCCUUUCCGGUCCUCAGCCAGGCUGCACUUCACUAGUGACAGUGUUUCUGCAACCGCUCUCAGAUCAAGUGACGUUCCUCAUUAAAUUAGGAGGUGCUUUACAAUGCAAGAAUGAUUUACAUCAUGACUGCUCAUAACGAAACGCAGCAUAGAUUUUUGUGAUGAUUGAGAAUCAAGAGGAAACGGAAUAAGUAGAUCUACAUCUUUGUCAUACUGUCUGCAGCAAUGGCUGCAGAUUUUGUUGCUGGAACACUAGGGGGUGUGGCAGGUGUUCUUGUGGGGCAUCCAUUUGACACAGUCAAGGUUCGUCUGCAGACACAGAGCAGUGUUGCCCCCAAGUACUCUGGUGCCUUUAAUUGCUGUAUCAAGAUAAUAAAACAGGAAACGGUGUUUGGUUUGUUCAAGGGCAUGGCCUCUCCGCUGGUAGGUCUCACAUUCAUAAACACUCUAGUGUUCGGUGUACAGGGUAAUGUACAACGGCAGUUUGACCAGUCUUCUCUCUAUAGCCACUUUAUUUCUGGAAGUCUUGCUGGAUUUGUGCAAUCCUUUAUAUCUGGGCCAAUGGAACUCGCCAAAAUAAAGGUACAGAUAGAUACACAAGGCAAGGAAAGGAAAGGAAAAUACCAUGGAUCUAUUGACGCCCUGCGGAAGAUCUACAGGAUGGAAGGGUUUCGAGGAUGCUACCGUGGUCUUAUGUUGACCAUUGCAAGAGACACACCUGGUUUAGGUAUCUACUUCAUGUCAUAUGAGUUCUACUGUAGUGAAAUAGCCAAGAUGUAUGCUGAUGGUCAGAUCGGAAUCAUGGGACUUCUGACCGCUGGUGGUCUUAGUGGUAUGACCUCUUGGGUUUGUACGUACAGCUUUGAUGUUUUUAAGACAAGGCUUCAAGCUGAAGGGUUGGAUGGACAGAACAAGUACAAAGGUAGCAUCGAUGUCAUACAGAAGAGUAUCCGCAAUGAAGGAAUACGGGUCAUCAACAAGGGACUCGGUACACAGCUCCUGAGAGCAUUUCCUACCAAUGCUGCAAUAUUCACCUGCGCAACAUUAUCACUGGAACUAAUGGGACAGACAAGUAACAAUAGUAAUGGAAGACAGGGUUGAUGGUUGGUGUAUAGGUUGAAUUGUACAAGGGAGCUAUUUAUUAAUAAUCUGUUUAACUUUUUCCAUAAGUCUUAUUGUAUCAUUGAAUGUAUGUUAUUGUGUCACCUUGAUCACAGCAUUGUGUACUUGCACAAAAAUAUAUCAAUAUCAUAAAUGAUCAAGAGCUUAUUGCAUUUUGCAAAUAUUAUGCAUGUACAUGUAGUAGCAUGAUCCAGCCAGAAAAAUUGUUUUGAGAUAUUCCUUUGAAAGAAAUGCAUGGAUUUUGCAUGAUGAAAUGAUAUUUGCUUUCACCAGAAACUUAAAUGUUUGAAUUGGGCAUAGAAUAUAUUUGUGUAUAGAAAUUGUGUUAUUCCAAUACAUUCAUAAUUUUCAUUAUUAUACAGACAUCACUGAUACAUGUACAUGUAGUUAAAUUUUCUUUAUAGAGAUACAAUGGAAUUGGGACAGAAAUUAUUUUAUUCGGUGACACAGGCUCUGUAAUAACAAUACUUUUAAAGUAACUUUGUAUUAAAUCCUGUUCUACAUCCAAUCAUAUCGAGGAUUCUAUGGGAUAUACUAUAGCCUAAUGGCAUUGAACAGGGCCUGAGGUAUGAUGCAUGUGGGAAAUGUUUCAAAAUU